UCUAAACCAACCAACAAACACCUUCUAGGAAAAUAAUAAACCCACACACCAUAUAAAGCUUCCCUUCUUGAACUUGAAAGAACUUCAAGCAAAACCAGAAGCAGGAACAAAAAGAAGAAAAUAUCAUGGCCAUGUCAAAAAUAUUCAAGCUCUCAAGUACAUUCAAGAUCUUAUGGGAAGCACUCAGCAUCUUCACAAAAAAUGUGAGAUCCCUCCUUCCCAUCAUGCUCGUCAAGCUCCUAUUUUCCUCCCUAUUUUUCCUCUUAAACUACCUAUCCAUCAUCCCCAUCCUUACUGAAUUGACAAGUAGCUUUGUUUCCUUGUCAAUCUUUGAUGCCAAGAGUCCUGAGUACUCUAGCGUACUCUUCACCAUAAGAAAAGAUGUUAGAGAAAUAACCACCAUAGGAUCCAUCCUCCUUGUGUCUUCCUUCAUAGUCUCCUCUUUCAUUACAAUGACUAUCAUCCAUGUUAUCUCCAUGGCAUACUCUGAAAAGAAGCAAACACCUCAAGAGGUCUUCUCUUUCAUCAAAAAAUCAUGGAAAGGGCCUAUGCUUACACAGCUCUGCGCCUCCAUCGUGAGCAUAGCCGUAGGAUUCAUUAUACUUGUUAUUGUCAUAUCCUUCAUUAUGGUUUCCAUAGGCUCCUUUGGUUACACUGCAGUUGCUGUUCUUCUAGCAAUCCUUGCAAUUCCCCUUUACUUAUAUUUUGCGUUGAUUUGCUCUUUGAGCAUAGUGAUCUCUGUGGUGGAAGAAGAAUGCUAUGGCAUAGCUGCAUUUGGGAGAUCUGUGGAGCUCACAAAGGGAAGGAGGCAGAGUGGGAUACUGAUUAUGUUUGUCAUAGCAGUGAGCAGCGGCAUCAUCAGCACAGCUUACAAUUUCUCAAUGUUAUAUGCGUCUUCAAAAACUUUUGUUGCGUUAGUGAUUGGUUUUUGUUAUGUAGCUAUGCUUGUGAUGAUGACUAUUCUAGUUCAGGUGAUCAAUACAGUGAUCUAUUAUGAGUGGAAGAGUUGGGGAAAAGAGCUACUUGAUGUAGAAGGGGGCUUGGGAUACACUAGCACGUUCAAAGAAGAAUAUGUAUCAAUCCCUUGAAGGUUUAGUAGGGAAGGACCAUUAAGGGAAAAUAUUGGUGAGAGCUAAAGGAGGAAGAGAUGUAGUACUAUAUUCCCUCUAAUAAUUUUGUACCUUGUUGGAGAAUGUUUAUGUAGAAUAAACAAGUUAUUUCAGUGGGUUUUCUCUUA